GGACUCGGAGUGUGGAUGUGUCUCCUUCAUGUGUGUGCGGUUCUGCCGCGCUCUUUCCACCACUCGGCAUAAGUGCUAGUCCGAAAUAACUUCUGGAGUGUGCUCUAUUUUGGUUCUAUGAAUUCCCGUUGGGAGCGAAGGGGAGGUGCCCCUCCAACCCCUCCCCCACGCGACCCUUCGGGCAUCAACAGUAUCGUGCAGCAGCACCAACGCGGGCCGAGUCGCGGCUGUGAUGGCGAAGAGGACAUGAGCAGCGACAGCUCGUCCCCGCCCCGUCCGGCGAUGGACCAUCCCAAGAGGCGCUCGAGCUACGAGAACGUGAACGACGAUCAGGGCUUCUAUCCGAACAAGCCACCCCCUGCUUUGACAGGGGCUUCUCGUAGGAGCAGGGAAUCCCUGCAUCGGUCGACGCCCAGUCCGCGACCCCACGUGCGCGCCUCUCCGUGUCCGAGCUCGACGUGCGGAGGGAGCAGUAGUCGCCGCACCUCGCCGGUCGGCGUUGUCCGGCAUUCGAUCGAAUCUUGGUCAGAUGGGCUAUCCGAUGAACUGACCGCAGAACCCGUGAGAAGACGACCUGCGUCAGCAUGCAGAGCGCCCAGGAGCCACAGAGGGAGUCUUCCUCCUGUGGAUUGCUUAGGAUCUGCAUGGGGACACAGAAGCCCUUGUAGUCCUUGCUGUGGGCCUUCCCCUCUACCAUAUCACUGGUGCGGAGCAGCGCAAACAUGGGCUCAUUUCUCUGGUCAUUCCGGAAGUGAUUCCGGUUAUGAUUGUGACGAUCUGCAACAGAAAAUAUAUCAGCUUGAGGUUGAAAAAGAGCAGUUAGCAUUACAGGUUAAUGUUCUAACAGAGCAAGUUGAGGCUCAGAAUGAAAAAAUUGUGGAACUUGAAAAUUCCUUAACCCAAAAUAAAGAACAAUUAAGUAACUCUGAGGCACAGCUUAGGCAGGAAAUGACUUCAAGGUCAUCAAUAGAAAGCAGCAAACUGGAUUUGAUGGCGCAAAUUUCUGUAUUAAGGCUGCGGUUGGCCUCUGUAGAACAGGAAAAACAGGAAAUUGAAGAAAAGAAUCAUAAACUUGAAAAUGAGCUUAUUUUAACUUGUGCUUGUUUGGCUGAAAAAGAAGCAGAUUUGGCUACAAUUAAAUCCAAAAUAACACGUAAUGGGGCUGUAACUCCUAUUUUUGAAAACAAUUCUGAAGUAGAAAAACUGAAAAAUGCCUUAACUUCAGUUAUGGCUGCUAAUGAUGAAAAAGAAAAGAAGCUGCAAGAAAUGAAAACUUCACUAAAUCGAUACAAGAAACUUCAUGAGUUAGUUCUGUCUAAUCCAACUAGAAGAGCCAAUGAUACAACUUCAAAAAAAGUGCCUUUUGAUGAAGAUAAUUUCUUUUCCAAUUUUGAAAAUCUCUCAUCAUAUAAUUUGGGUGAUAUUAGUGAACUGUCAUUUGAUUAUAAUGUAACUGAAAAGCCACCUCCUGUUCCCAGACAAUUUCAACCACAUUCAUCAGUCUCUUUAUCUCUGGCUGAAGAGUUACAGCGAUCAUCUUCAAGACUUGGAGAUAUAUCUAGGCAAAGUCCUCUGUUCAGUCCCAUACGGGGUGAAUCACCUAGUCCUUAUUCAAAUCUUAAUUCAUAUAGAUAUAGCAGCUCAGAAAAUGUAAACCCACCAACACCCCAAAAGACCCCACCAGCAAAACGCCACUAUUCUACACUUCCCCGUCCACAUGGAACAGACAUACUUCAGAAAUAUAUCAAAUCACCCAGUGAGUCUUCCCCAGUUGCAAUAACAUCAGGCCGGACUUCUCAGUCAUUCCAAAACCUACACCACCCUAGUAAUGAAACUCUCAGACCAGUUCGCACAAAAGCAUCUUCUGGCAUGUCCUUUGGUAAAGGAUUCUUUAAAAUAAGAUUGGGAAAACGCAGUUCAAGUGCACCAGAAUUAGCGCCUGAGAGAUCAGAGAUUCUACCAGAAUUGUCCAGAACUGGACAACCCAGUGCACAAAAAGUAUCUUCACCUGCAUCUCCUGUUGUGCCCAAAGAUAAACCAAAAGGAUUCAGAAAAAUAUUUGGAAAAGUUAAACGAUCAGGAUCUGAAAGCUUAAAUUCUUCAGAAGCUGAGUUUAAAAGAGGUGGCAUUAGAGCAACUGCUGGGCCAAGACUUGGAUGGACUGAAGAUUUUAAAGCAAAGCAUGAUAGUUAUAUAAUAAACAAGCCUUUCUCAGAGUGGGAUUCAGCUAUGAUAUGUGAUUGGUUUCAUAGCAUUGGCCUUGGUAUGUAUGCUUCUGAAUGCAAAAAGUGGGUGAAAAAUGGAGACCAUCUACUAAAAGCUUCAACAAGUGAUUUUGAAAAAGAACUGAAUAUAAAAAAUCCUCUUCAUCGAAAAAAAUUGUUAUUAGCUGUCACUGGUGCCAAAGAACAAACAGGUGACUCAGUAGAACCUGCUGGAAAAAUUGAUCAUCAUUGGGUAGUUCGCUGGCUGGAUGACAUAGGUCUUCCUCAGUACAAGGAUGCAUUCUUUGAUGCUCGCAUAGAUGGAAGAAUGUUGCAUCAUUUAACUUUGGAAGAUCUUGCUCACUUAAAGGUGACAAAUCUUCUCCAUCACAUCAGUAUUAAGACGAGUAUUCAAGUUCUGAGAGAAAAUAAGUUUGACGCACAUUGUUUGAAAAGACGUUCUCUCCCAGAUGAUGAGAACUCACCUUCAGAUGUUAGUAAAUGGACAAAUCAUCGUGUUAUGGAAUGGUUGAAAACAGUAGAUCUUUCAGAAUAUGCACCAAAUUUGCGGGGAAGUGGAGUUCAUGGUGGUCUUAUGUUGUAUGAACCACGUUUCAAUGCUGAUCUCCUUGCUACAUUGUUGAAUAUUCCACCAAAUAAAACACUUUUGAGAAGGCACUUAACCACCCAGUUCAAACAGCUAGUUGGUCCUGAUAUCAUGCAAAAGAAACGAGAAUGGGAAGCACAGCCUAGUUAUUCACCUCUUUCACCAAGUGCUAAAGUCAAGGCUAUCAGACGUAGCCAUUUUUCUCUAAUGAAGAAGAAGAAUAAAAAUGAACUUGCUUUUGAAGAUUAUGUUUGUCCUUUGAAUUUCUCAGAAGAAAUGUGUGGCAGUAUUAUUACACCUAAUGGAUCGCAAAAUUAUUCAGAAGAAAAGUUUUUAAUGAAAGAGAUAGUUUUAAAGAAUGACAAAAUUUUGGAGAGUAUGCCAGCUUCAAAUGUUUGAUAUCAUCAUGACGUUUUUACAUUUCAACAUAUUUUUAAACAUAUUGUAUAUAAUGUAUAUAAAUUUCAUUAAGAUUAUAUAUACUAUAAAUAUACAAGCAUUUACAAAUUUUAGUAAUUAUACUCAACUAUUUUUUGAUAUUGUUGUGGAUCAACGUUCUUCAUAUUAUAUACACUACCGAAUCUCCCUCGCUUGAACUGUCAAGCUCUGUUUUGUAAAUAUCAAAAUUAAUGAGGUAUUUUUAUGUAUAAUUUGCACUGUUAUGUUUAAUAAGAAGCAUAGACAAGUUAAAAUGUUUUCUAUAUA